GUCGAUAUCAAUCAACAUUCAGUUGUAAAAUAGAACACACGACAACAUGUUCAGCAAAAUUGUAACUUUCGGUGCUUUCUUGGCCGCGGCCAAUGCUGGACUCUACGGUCAUGGGCAUGCCGUGUCCUCCCAAAGCAUCAUUCGUCAUGAUGAGGCUCCCCUGCACUACGCCCACGCUGCCCCAGUGGCGCACUAUGCUGCUCCCAUCGCCCACUACGCCGCCCCUAUUGCCCACUACGCCGCACCCGUUGCUCACUACGCCGCCCCAGUUGCCCACUACGCCGGUCACGAUGAAUAUGCUCAUCCUAAAUACGACUUCGCGUACUCAGUAGCUGACCCCCACACCGGCGACCACAAGUCCCAGCAUGAGUCCCGCGACGGUGACUCCGUACAUGGCUCCUACUCCCUCGUCCAGCCCGAUGGUUCUGUCCGCAAGGUCGAUUACACCGCUGAUGAGCACCACGGUUUCAACGCAGUAGUGCACAACUCUGCUCCCUCCGUGCACCCCAUCGCUGCCCACCACCAUCACCACUAUUGAAAAAAGAAAUAAUAGUAAACUAACUCGAAAAAGA